GUGAGGAGCUUCUACAGCUGUAGCGUCAAGCAUUAGCUCUUCAUCAGUCUUAUAAAGAUUUUAUAGGCUCUAAAGUUUUCAAAAUGAGGUGUUUCCUGUAGACUUUUAACUGACUUUGAUGCUGCGUUUAUUUCAGAUGUUUGAUGACAUGACGGGACUCUUUGCGGGUCAGCAUGUCACCCUAGUGAGGUUUCGGGAACCUGAAAACGCAGUCAGGGUGGGAAGCGGAAUUGCUCAGGAUCUCAAGAUGGCGGACGGAGCAACACAAGAAGAGGCGUUUGAAGAAUGGCUUAGCUCUCGUAUGAAACAGUUAGGCCUAGAUGAAGACGUAUUUGGAAGCUAUAUCACAGGAGUGCUAGAUUCUGAGGAUACGGACGAAGAUCGCAAAGAUGCACUCAAGGGUAUUUUAGACGGAAUGACGCAAUAUCCUCUGAACGACCUCUGCAAUGAAGUCAUUGAAAGAUGGAGAACAUCAAGGGCAGAAGUGUUACAGGAAAAGGAACUCGAGAAAGAACAGAAAGCAACAGAAAAACAGAACAGACUUGCUGAAAUAAUGGAGAAACAAGCCUCAACAGUGUCUUCAAGAAAAUCCACCCAGGCUGAUGCUGACAGGGAAGUUAAGAAGCUCUUGCUUGCUCAGUAUGGACAUGAAUCAGAUGAAGACUACUGUACUGAGAGUGAUGAUGAACAAGCUUCAUGUUCUUCUGCUGAGAAGGAUUUAGGAAUGGUAAAAAAUAUGAAUACACAAUCUGUAGCAGAUAAAGAGAAAGACAAGAGAGAUAAGAUGAAGGAAGAAAGUGAACAGAGAAAACAACAGAUAAAAGAAGCAAAGGAGAAGCAAAAACAAAAAGCAGAUGAGAGGAAAGAAAAGGAAAGGAAAAGAACUCAGAAAGGAGAAAGACGAACCAGAUGACACAUACUGGUACAAGAAUAAUGAAAAAACUUUUUUUGCAUAGUUCUUGUGUCGAGAUGGAUACAGAUGAAGCACAGCUUUUUGUUCUUUAAAAAAUUUUUUUCCACUUCAAAUUGUGUGAAAAGUUUAAUUUGUUAAUGCCAAUUUGCUUUUGGUUGGGGUUUAUGAGAGGAGAAGACUAUUCACUUUUCAGCUUUUUUCUACUUAUAUCAAAAGUUGUAAUUUAUUCAUAGAUUAGAAGGAAAAAGCAAAUUAAUGUUAUAAAAAGGGGUGAUGUAGGCAAAGUAAUGACACUGUAAAACAUGAAGAAAAAGAGAUAUUAAAGAUAUUUUUUCUUAUUCAAUAAGUGGACAAUAACUAGUUUGAGGAUGGUUUAAUAAUUGAUGCAGACUGCAAGCAUGUGUUAUUUUACUCCCUUUUCUGAGGA